AUGAUUGUCCCGAGGAUGCAACCAGCGGCGCAACCGGGUGAUUUCCAGGUGGGUUGCAUGUGGGACGGGGCUACGAAGGGUGGGUCGCAUUCGGCUGGUGGGAUGGUUCUCCUUGGCCCAGAUCGGACACUCCUUCUGGCUAGAGGGGUUCAGUUUCCUCAACUGGAUGACCCGAUGAUGGUAGAAUUGCUUGUGCUUAGAGAAGCUAUUGUUUGGUGUAUGGAGCAAGGAUUGGCGGUGGUCCGAUUUGAGGGCGAUGCAAAGGUCAUUAUUGACAGAAUUAAUCAAGCCAUCAUGAGAGAUAGCCGGUUGGGUGCUGUUCUAGAAGAGAUUGGUCAUUACUUUCGUACCCAGUCUAGUUUUAGUGUGCGGUUUGUAGGUCGUGAGAACAAUAGAGUAGCUCAUUUGGUAGCUAGGAAAGCCCUUUCAUUGUAUCCGACUAUGAGUUGCUUCUUUGAUUCCCAGUCCUGGCUGGUUUACAGGGUGUAA